AUGGCUGCUCUUCGCUCGACUUCGCGCCUUGUCGCAUCCUCCAAGCCUCUCUUCCGCCCCGCCGUCUUCGCUCGCUCCUAUGCGACUGUCGACCCGGUUGCCCAGGUGAGCGGGACAGGUUACGCCAGUUCUAAAACUGUUCCCGAAUCUAAGACCUCAACUGCACAGGAUCCCAACCCAUCGGAGACCCCGAGAGUGAAGACAUUCCAUGUCUACCGCUGGAACCCCGACCAGCCGACCGAGAAGCCCAAGAUGCAGUCCUACUCUCUGGAUUUGAACAAGACCGGACCUAUGAUGCUCGACGCCCUGAUCCGCAUUAAGAACGAGAUGGACCCUACCCUGACUUUCCGGAGAAGUUGCCGUGAAGGUAUCUGCGGAAGUUGUGCGAUGAACAUCGACGGUGUCAACACCCUUGCUUGCUUGUGCCGCAUUCCUACCGACACCGCCAAGGAUUCUCGCAUCUACCCUCUUCCUCAUACCUACGUUGUCAAGGAUCUGGUUCCCGAUCUGACCCAGUUCUACAAGCAAUACAAGUCGAUCAAGCCUUACCUGCAGCGUGAUACCAAGACCGAAGAUGGCCUUGAAUUCCGUCAAAGUCCUGAAGACCGCAAGAAGCUUGACGGUCUCUACGAGUGCAUUCUGUGUGCCUGCUGCUCCACCUCCUGCCCCUCGUACUGGUGGAACAGCGAGGAGUACCUCGGACCUGCUAUCCUCCUCCAAUCCUACCGUUGGUUGGCCGAUUCCCGUGAUGAGAAGACUGCCGAGCGCAAGCACGCCCUAGACAACAGCAUGAGCGUCUACCGUUGCCACACCAUUCUCAACUGCUCGCGGACUUGCCCCAAGGGUCUGAACCCCGCCCGGGCUAUUGCGGAGAUCAAGAAGUUGAUGGCCGCUCAUUAA